AUGCCAAUGCGAAAGUCGGCCAAAAGCCUUCGGUGGUCUUUCAUAAUUCCGCUAGCGUUCAUUCAUUCGUCAACGGUUGGCUGCGGAAAACGAAUGCGGAUACCGUCGUUCCUAGAUACAACGAAUAAACUUCAUCAAUCAUCCCAGUCACAGCAAGUCCGUUCGGAACAACACCUCGUCAAGCGGAGGCAAGCUCAUCAGCGUCGACCGCAGGCAUCCACCGCCGAGGCACCGGCACCGGCACCAGCAACAGUUGGACAAGAAACAACAGCGCCACCUGUGGUCCUCCAUUCAAGUGCCGAUCAGCUUUCUAAUGACCAGCAAGCAGUCCCUGUUUUAUUGACCGGUCUUCCAUCUUUACCUCCUGGCAAGCUAGCUCCGGAAGUUGACCGAACCGUCGAAGAAACGCUGUCUAAGCCCGUGGCAACGGUGGUGACCACCAUCACGACCACCACAACGACCACUGGAACAACGGCCAAUUCCACCGCUGGCCAACCGGUGCCAUUCUCGUUGUACAAGACAAUCAAUACCGUUAUCAAGAGCGGCCGCAAGAUAAUUAUACGCGUGUGUGAAGUGACCAAUGUGAAAACCAAGCUGAAAAUGUUUAAUCUAUAUUCGACAAUGCAUAAGCGUGGCGGCGCUGAUGAGAAGGACACACGUGAGAUGGAAACCACCGGCCAUGAUCGGUUCUGCCAGGAACGUCCCUCAAGGCAAUGGACUUGCAUGGAAUGUGUAGAUUUCCACUUGUUCCACUGUUUGCGACGGUCCAGCUAUCGCCGAAAACGGCGGAAGAUGCGACGCGCUCAGUCGGCCGCAGAAUUUAAUGAACCACGUACGGAAAUCCCGACUGCAGCCGUUAAUAAGCGUAUGUUGUUUAGAGGUCGCUCGGUGAGCUCGGAUCAGGAUAACAAUUCCGAAUCAGAACAUUCCGAACGGUCACCGUUGGUCAGCGCAAAGCUGGACUCACUGGCCAAGCUUCUCUUUAGUCGCAGCCUCCACCAGGAUGGGACCAGCUCUGCAUCGAAAGACAAUGAUUCGCCGACAAGGCAGAACGUGCGCUACCAGUACACGGCGCUAGACAAUGGAAUCGGAGCACCGGACCGCAACCCCCGAGAACGGGCGGCACGCGAUCGGGCGUUCGCCGCCUGUCAAGAGUGGCUGCAGGAUACCGGAGGUCGCUACGAAUCGAUAGCCCAUCUAGAUGAUAUCGGUAAUCGACCGAACAAGCACUGGUUCCUGUUGAAUGAUUGUACGGUACGCACGGAUCGUCUGAUGACACUGCUCCCUUUACCUUCUGAUUGCAUCGCCUUAGAGGAGCUUCCCCCGUCCGAAUGCCCGCAAGGAGUCCUGAUGGAACUGCUCGGGUCGCUACAGCAUCCAUACAUAUAUCCGGUGUUAGAUUUAGGCUUUUUUCCUACCGAUACCCAUCAAUACGCGUGUCUCGUAAUGCCGUUCAAUGCGCGUGGAAGCCUGAAGGAUCUCAUUUAUAAGUCUCAGUGGAAUGAACCAUGGAGCCGAAAAUACACGCGAAAGUCCACGUGCUUGCCCCUGUCACAGGUACAACGAUUAGGACGUCAAAUAUUGGAGGCAUUAUUAUUUCUGAAGGAGCGCGGCAUACCAUCGCACGGUCAUUUGCAUAGCGGAAACGUAAUACUUCAGAAUGGUGUGGCCAGAUUAUCCGGUCUGGAGAACGGUCUGCUCGGACUAAACUCCCGGGUUAACGCAGUGGUGUGGGCCCACACCGCACCGGACAUCGACAACAUCGACGUGAUUUGCUUCGGCCACUUGCUGUUCGAGAUGUGCGCUGGCUAUGAAUUGUCCUCGCCGCAGCCAACACCAGGACACUAUCAGCUCGAUCUCGAACGCUACCCGCAGGUUGCCGAUGUGCUGCAGAUGAUAUUCGAAUCACCGGAUGGUCGCUAUCCGACAGUCGAAGAACUGGUCCUUUGUGAUAUAUUCCGCAAUAUCGAUUUAAGAGAACUGCGAGGAACUUGUGUGCCUUCCUUUAAACAUGGCUUGAGUCGCUCGACGUUGAGUCUGCUGAACGCCGUACGAAGACGACAGGGUGCGAUACUAAGCGGAUCAUACAGCGAAGGCAGCUCGCCGUGUACACCACCGUCUACGCCACGUGAGCGAAAAACUGGUGACGUAGAAUCCUCCGAUCUGUCUAGUAGUGAUUCCGAAGAUCUGUUAGAUGAAAUAGUUAUAGCGUCAGCCCGUAUCGACGAACCCGCCCAUUACGAUCCACUCAACUCGCCGAUACAUUACUGUGACAAUAGCGUUCACUCGGACGAUAACAGCAAUAGUAAUACAAUCAUUCGUAUAGAUUCGAUCGAGUCCGAGGGCGCGACGUCGUCGUCCACUGGCUCGAUACAGCCACAGCAGUUGAAUCCAUCAUCAGCGUACAAAAAUCUGAAGUCCCGUCGUAUGGAAUACAGCCGGCGAGGAAUGAUUCUUGGGCUCAGCAAUCCUUCGCAAGACUCCGCCUUUGGUUCGAUGACCGACGGCGAGUCGUCGCGGGCAUCCAGCUUUAAGCUAAGUAGCUUUGCGUCAAUGAAUUCACCCAUCGACGAAGGCGUUGAAGAUCUACUAGCGGAAGGUGGGAACGAUACAAUCACAACUACCAUGGCAGGGCUCAAAUAUAUAGACUCGACAGGGUCGUCUCCGUGUCAUGAUCUACACGCCAGUAUUUCACCGAGAGAAACCCAGCCCGGUUCAUCUUCUUCCCGUGAUAUUUCUCCAAACCACUCAGCUCGUUAUUUAGAACCUCCAAAACUAAUUAUAAAUAAUCAUUCAUCAUCGACCACGAACGCCUCACUGUGUUAUACUUCUUCGCCACUCCGUAAAUGUGCCACAACCGAAGUAUUCUCGCAAAAAUACAGGGUGUCUUCGUUUGAAGAUAUGUCCUAUUCGUCUCGUAUGGCCAACAAAUCUAUUAAAAACAGCAGUCAGAAAAUUUUUCGUUCAUUCGAAGAAGAAAGACGCAUCGAAUCAGCAUUCAUGCCUAUCGAAACCACUUGUUCUAGUGCUAGCAGUCGCGUCAACCAACAACGGCAGCAAACGAAACAACGCCACCAAUCUUCUAGUCAAUUACAUCAUCAACUCUCAUUACCACCGAUGCUGACUCCGACGUCGCCCAAGCAACUCGUAAGUCCCGCGCAGUACAAUCAUCAGCUAACGAAGAAGAAAAAUGCUUCGUUUCAGAAUCUUCAGAGCAUAACCGCAGCUCGAGAGAAAACGUGUCAGUGGCGAACCAAAUUGAUCAAAUCGAACGAAUGUCUGUUCGAAACUUCCUUCAAUCUAUCGCCCUCGGCAACAGUUCAGAGUGAGAUAGAUCGUUUACUUAGCCACGGAAACUCAACCAACGAACUUUCCUCAGCAGCCUCCUCAUCAGCAAAGCAAGUGGAAACCGAGCGAUUCAUUUUGACUCCGGAGCCAAUCACGAAUAACCCCAGACGUUCACGUGCGGAUCGCCAGCAGCUGUUUAGUUUGGCCAAGUACAAACACAGUACUAUACUGGAUAGCAUAUCGUUGGAAGACUUUUCCGAAGAAAACAAAAGACCCACUACGAGCAGUUCAACAAAAAGCUGCUCAUCGAAUGACCGGACUGAGGUUGAAGUGCGGAAGCAGGAUAACAACUCUUCUACGGACGACACCAGUGAUCAGGAUAGUAGCAGCGUUACGGAAUCCUUGCUCAAAUCGCCAACACAACAACGAAGAUCGAGUUGCAGCAGUGCGACUGAGGCUCGCAAAUACUUGGACGAUAACGUAGGAAGCGACGGAGGCUUUGGAAGUGGAAACGAAGAGAAAACACCCCUUCUCGAUGCCAUGGAGCUGUCGCCUAUUUCACCUACUGAGUCGGAACAAAUGUUGUGA